UCCUGCACUCUUACGAUUCCCCAACAAAAGCAUUUCCAGCCCCCUGUUUCUCUCUCUUCUUUCUCUCUCUUGAUUCUUCUUCAGCUUCAAUUCAUUCCUGCACUCUUACAAUUCUCUCUUGAUUCUUCUUCAGCUUCAAUUGAUCCACCUGAGAGAUAUAGAUAACACUUUACACAGCACAUAGGGGAUAGAUAGGAGUAUCCAAAAAUGGGAAACGCCCUCAGGUUUUUGUGUGCCCAAUGUACGGAACCAUCUGCAGACUCUGGAUCUCUCGGGCCCCAUGGCGUGUCGGCCACCACCGUCGGUGUUUCGGCCCUUGCCCAAGAUAUCUUUCACUUUGAUAUCACCUCCCAGGUGCCAGAAGGACUAAGCAAACAUGUUGUCUCAUCCAAGAAAGCUCAGGCUAACUGGUAUAAGAAACUUUUAGAUGCAUGGAGAGAAGCAAAACCUCCACCAAGAACACCUGAAGAAGCUUCAAGGCUAGUCAUUAAGACCCUAAAAAGACAUCUUAAGGCAGAUGUGGAGGGUCUCUUGGCUUUUUAUGGUCUUCCUCUCCCUCAAACUCUGGUUGAACUUUCUUCUGAGGUGCCCACUUCACUCCCCGAAGGACUCAAAUUCGAAUUGCAGACACUUCCAGUGGAUGCAAAAGCUGUAGCUGAUGGGGAUACUGUAACUGUGUAUGUUAGUACCACAGAUCCGAGGGAGUCGUCAUAUGUUCCUAACGAUGUACAAGUCGCGGCUGUUCAAAGAUCAAAAGCGCGUGCUGAGAGGAAUUAUACAAAGGCAGAUGCAUUGCAUGAGAAAAUUGUUGAUGCUGGAUAUCGGGUACUCAAAAUUCAAAACGAGGAGGUCUUAGCUCGAAAGUAUAGGAUUCGAUUAAGGGGAAUAGAUGCACCAGAGAGUAAAAUGCCAUAUGGGAAAGAGGCAAAGGAGGAGCUAACUAAUCUUGUUCAGGGAAAGUGUUUGAGAAUCCUUGUUUUUGCAGAGGAUCGCUAUGGUCGCUGCGUGGGGGACAUAUAUUGCAAUGGCAUAUUUGUACAGGAACUGAUGCUGAAGAAAGGUUUUGCAUGGCACUACACAGCCUAUGACCGACGAUCAGAACUGGAAAAGUGGGAGAAAGAGGCUCGAGCAAAGAGGGUUGGCUUGUGGGCAGCAUCAAACCCUGAGAAACCAUGGGACUGGAGAAAGGACCGGCGUGAAGGAAGAUGAUCUUGUUCUAAUGGAAGAAAUCACUUUGUCAAGUGAUUUGCGUCCAGUUUGCCAUGAACCGGUAUUGGGAAACAUAUUCGAAACCAGUGUCAUUCAUGGUAAAGAAGGCUCACAUCAAUGAUAAAUGCAGGCUAGCAAAACAGAAGGAUACAAAAACUAAGUAAUAAGAGUUCUGUUCGCCUGCUAAGCCGGUCAUAUUUAAACUUAAAUGUAUUCAAUCAUAUUCAAGGCUGUAGCAAGCUAGAUGAUGUAUAAUUUGAGGGCCGAACUGAAAGAUUCAUAAGCUAGUAAUCAUCUUGCACAA